AUGCCGCUGAUAAUGGAGGCCCCGACGAGCAUGUUCAUGACUACGAUCUGCAGCUGGAUGGCCUCGAGCGGGGAGGCGCCUCCCAUUAUCAGCCCCGUCAUAGCCCCCGGCAGCGCUAUCAGCCCCACCGUCUUCGCGUUGUCCAGCCCCGGCGACAGCGCAAUCACCAGCGACCUCCUCACCUGUCUCUGCGUCGCCUGCCUCGGCGUCGCCCCCAGCGCCAGCGCCGUCUCCACCUAUUUAACACAGAUAUAUUUAUAUAUAUAUAUCGAUAGAGAGAAAGAGCUAGAUUGAUUGAUAGAUAGAUUGAUAGGGAGAGAGAGUGCUAGAUUGAUUGACAGAGAGAGAGACAGUGCUAGAUUGAUUGAUAGAGAGGGUUAGAGGAACGACUUGGUGAGGGAGGCACAGUCGGGGAGAAUGUGAUACGCCCGGUUGGGUCGGUGUGAUGUAUUUCAGGCUUAGGUAGAUGGUUAUGGCAAGAAGUAAAUCCGGGUUCUAUGAGCAUGAAUCUCAUAUAAUUACUACUGUGUUGGACCGUACAUAUAAGUCAACGAUUCCCCGCUGGGCACCAUAUCUCUGUUAUCUAAUGCAAGAAACCCAAAAGUCAACUUCAUUUCUGGGCUUCAUUUUUUUUGAGAAAAGAGCUAAAAGGAAAGGGGUGUGAACUGCGGUUUAGUCAACCCAUGGAUCGCAGAAAGGGAAGUGAAUGGGUGAACGUACCAGGCUCUUCUGGAUCUUGAGAUCCUCUCGGAGCUUCUUAAUGGUGACCCCGGUGACAGUCAUCGCGUUGCCGACCAUCAUGCCGGCGACGGGGAUGAUAUACCGCGGAGUGAAGGGGAAGACCUUCAGCGCGACGAGCAGGAACAUGGUGAUGGCGGUCCCCAUCAGAAUGGAGGCGCCGGCAAUGAUCUUCCCGCGCGGGACGUGUUUCGCCCGUUGA